CUACUUCAAUUAUGUCAUUGUCAUGUGUUUGGCCAAGAAGCAAAACCACAACUAUAAAGUAUUAGGAAAACCGAGAAUGCCACUAUCUCGCCUGUACACGGCCAACCAACUAGCUGUUGCCUGGAAGUUGGCCAUUUCUGUAACUGUUGCUGCCACACAUUCUUCAGAAUGGCGUGUUGGCCGCGUAAUUUGGGUUUCUUACCAAUCAUCUUUUUCCUGCUGCUCAUCAUCACCGUUGGAAUCUCCUAUCUCAUUGCUGUGCUGAAAGGCGAUGUCCCUGUGCUUUUUCCAUACAUCAGUGACACAGGUGCUAAGCCCCCAGAGAGUUGUUUCUUUGCUCAGUUUGUCAACAUCUCUGCCCUGGUCUUCGUGGCACUGGUGUAUGUCCGCUUCAAGGAAGUCGACACUAUCGAGGGGCUGCCGCCGGAGAGGGUUGGACGUCUGAAUAAAGCCAGCUUCUUCUUGGGCUUGGCGGCGGCGUUUGGACUCAGCCUCGUUGGCAACUUUCAGGAUCUCUACGUCCUCGUGGUCCAUGAAAUCGGCGCGAUAAUGCUGUUUUUAUUUGGCACCAUUUACUCCCUGAUCCACACGCGAAUCUCAUAUCUGCUCCACCCAGAAUACACCAGACUAUACGUCUGUCGACUUCGUUUCCUCUUUUCGCUUCUGAUGCUGGUCUCCAUGGUAACCUGCCUCACAUGUGAGGUUUUUGCAAAUGCCCAGUGGUUGCAUCACCAUCACCAAAACAAGACAGAUACUGAGCAACUCUGGAAACCAACAGAUGGGGGCUACACCCUUCACAUAGUCAGCACGUCCUUUGAGUGGACACUCGCGGGGUCCUUCAUGCUGUUCUGUCUUACCUUCAUCGGGGACUUCAGCAAGGUCUCCCUGGGUCUCAACAUGUUCCUGCAUGUGGACCCCUUUCCGGAACCUGGUGGAAGCUACGAAGAAGAGCCCAACGAGUACACCAAAUUAUAUGCUUAAUAGGUCAGAGGUUAAGGGUCAAGUCUGGGUCAAGACGCUGAUGAAGUGUGGUCUUUAGUUGAAGUUGUUAAAUACACUGACUACCUUAGUUCAUUGAAGUUAUUAAUAUAUUAAUUAAGUUAUUAAUAUAUCUUACAUUUGCAUGAAGGUUGACCUUUGAAACAAGAGACUGAACGUGCUUAUUUUCAAAAGAUUGACUGUUGCAGUUCAGAACUACUUUGGAAUAUAGAACAAGUUGAUGGGAAAUCAAUGCGUGAAGUUUGGCCAUUGGAAGCAAAAGACUCCACAAGAGUCAAACCGAAUGCAGUUUUACAGAGCGACCUUAAAAUGCAAAGCUGGAGUGGAUAUAGAGAUACUGUAAAUGCAAUACACAAGUACAACAUACAUGUACGAGAAAAAUGUCAGCCCACACCUGCACACGUUUGGCUUGUUUGCGCAGAGCAAAAUGAACGCUCAUUUACUGAUUGUGCCUUUCUGUUUAUAUAGCCGCACAAAAGCCAUGCAAAAUUUUGAGUUUUUCAUAUAUUUGUGCACAAACAUGGAUGCGCCCAGCAGGCUUCACUUUGUACAAGGAGUUAGCGCUCUAGUAAUUUAAUAUAGCUCUAUGGUAUUAGUCAACUAUUUCGGAACCAGCCAACCAAGCAGGUAGACACAAAUAUUUGGUUGAAGUCAUAGGCUGAGGUGACUGCUCUAUGUUUUGACACCUAUGUUCUGACACCCCUAUGUUCCGACACCCCUAUGUUCCGACACCCUUAUGUUCCAACACCCC